AUGAGGAGGUUUAGGCAGAAAAGGCCAAGGAGUGGUGUGCGCGCGGAGCCCGGGACCCGGGCGCGGACCGAGUGGGAGCGCGAGUGCAGCCGGGGAGGGCCGGCGGCAGAGUCUCCGCCAGAGUCCGCGAGGAGCCCAGCCGGCCGCCAAAGGUGCUUCUGGCGGGCGCGCUUCCACUUUGCAAAGAGUGUCUCCCGCGCAGCCGGCCUCUCCAGUCCUCACCUGGGGCUGCCUCUGCAGGGCCACCCUCCGUCUCCAGGGAGGCCCAGGCUCGCCAGCGAGGAAGGACGCGGGGCCCUGGCCCAGCGGGAAGGCUGGAGGAACUCAGGCUCGGAGGAAAAGGCUUUUAGACCUGGGCCAUCGACGAAGGGUUUCUAUAGGGACGACCAGCAUCCGGACGCAGUGGGCAGAGGCGGCAUGCUUUCGGCGCCACCUCCGUGGGGACCGCGCGGCACUUCGAGGUGCAAGGCUGAGCCUUCGGGGUGUGAGCGCGCGCCCCCGGCUUCGUGCGCCGCUAGAAAGCGGCGUGUCCGUGCGUUUGUCCGCGAGCGUGUGCCGGCUGCGACUGCAGGGAGAGGAAACGGGCCCUUGUACAUAGCCCUACCUGUAGAUAGGCACAUCAACAGGAAACAAUGCUUUAAUACAUGUGUCCUGGAGCACAAUAAAAUACACCACAAUCUAAAGAAACUCCAGAAUUACGAGAAUGAGAGUGAAGAAAAUUCACAUGGGCUACAAUAUCUAUUACCUUAAACUGCAAGAGACAAGGUUCCAACCCGAAGGUGAACAUUUAUGUGUUUAUGACUGGCUACAUUUACGACUUAAAGAACAGUUUUGUGAGGGGAGAAACUCGGUCACUGAAGAAGAAAAAUUAUAAAUUUCAAAUUAAAGAGUAAAAGGAGCUCCCGUAGCAAAUGCUAGAGGAAUGAAAACAAGAAUCAUUGAGGAGUUGAUGCUCUCAAAGGCAUAAACAUUUCUGAUGACACACAAGCUGGAUGUUGAGAUCUGUAGGUUUAUAAGGAAGACUCACAAAUGCCUCAGCAAAUCCCAAAUCAUUAUCAGAUCAGUGUUUCUUAAUA